CGCUCCGCUCCGCGCCCCUGCGCUCCGCUCCGCUCCGCUGCGCGGCCCCGGCAUGGGCGGCUCUGCCUCCGGCCCGCUGGACGACAGCAAGUGCGCCUACAUCCGAGGGCGAACAGAGGCGGUGAUAAAAAACUUCGGGCCGCACUACAGGCGCCAGUACACCGUGGCUUUCUGCAGGCACAUCCAGAGCGAGCUGGAACAGCACCGGGACUCCCAGUCCCAAUUCCUGAAAACCAAGCCGCCGGUGGAAGCUGGGACGGUCUUACACGAAGCGGAGGUGCUGCAUUUCGCCGAGGACCUGAAGAAGUGGAAGGACAGAUACGUUGUUAUCCAAAAUGACUAUACCGUGGCUUGCUUUGAGACCAAAGAGGCCUACCAGAAAGGAGCCAGCCCUAAAUGUCAUAUUCUUCCUGCAGGAGGCAAAGUGCUAACUUCAGAAGAAGAUUACAAUUUGCUGUCUGAUAAACAUUUUCCAGAUCCUGUUGGUCCCAAUGAGAAGGAGGUUGCCCAAGCCUUUGUCCAACUGCCGAAGGAGUUUCCUGUGUACCUGUGGCAGCCGUACUUCAGGCACAGCUACUAUUGCUUCCCGGAGCCUGAAGCGCAGAAGCAGUUCAGUGCAGUGCUGAGUGACUGCGUGAGACACUCGAACCAUGAUUUUCUCAAGCAGACCACAUAUGAAGUAGAGGCAUUUUUAGAAGCCAUUCAGUUCUUCCGUCAAGAGAAGGGCCACUAUGGGACAUGGGAAAUGAUAACUGGCAAUGAAAAACAGAUCUUAAGCAACCUUGUGAUGGAGGAACUCCUACCUAACCUUCAGACGAUGAUCUUGCCUAAAAUGAAAGGGAAGAGGAAUGAUAGGAAGCGGGCCUGGUUUGGUAUUGUGGAAGAAACAUACAGCUUAGUCCAGCAGCAAGUUUCAGAAGGAUUAAGUACCUUGAAGGAAGAAUGCAGAGAUUUUGCAAAAACUCUUGAAGGAACCAUUCGCUCAGAUAUGGAUCAGAUUCUGAGCUCAAAGAACUUCUUGGCUGGAAAAAUCAAAGCCACUGUGUCUGAACCUGCCCAGAAGUGCUGCACAGAAAGUAUCCAGCCGUUUCUCGCUUCCAUAUUGGAGGAGCUCAUGGGCCCAGUGAGUUCUGGAUUCAGCGAAGUCCGUUCGCUCUUUGAUAAAGAAGUUAAUGAAAUCAUCCAGAACUUCCAAAAGACAAAUGAUACUGGAAAGCUAAAGGAGAAUGUAGACCAGCUUAUGAACCUACCAUUCAACUCUGUGAAAAUGGAGCCUUGCUAUCUGAAAGUGAACCUCCUCCAGGAACUGCUUCAAGACCUCAAGAGUCGCUUCAAGGUCUAUCACAUCGAUUUUGUGGUUCAGAGGACGCAGAACUUCAUGCAAGAGCUGAUGGAAAAUGCAGUUUAUACUUUUGAGCAGUUGUUCUCUCCAAGUCGCCAAGCCGACCCAGCGAAAGUUGCAACCACCAUUGAAAAAGUCAAGCUGAGAGUGUUGAAGCAAUAUGACUAUGACAGCAGCACUGUCCGGAAGAAGAUAUUUCAAGAAGCUCUGAUACAGAUUACUUUGCCUACCAUGCAGAAGACACUGGCUUCGACAUGCAAACCAGAGCUGCAGAAAUACGAACAGUUCAUUUUUGCCGAUUACACUAGUGUGAUUCAAGUAGAGAAUGUCUAUGAAGAGAUUUUGUAUCAGAUACUGCUCGAAGAAACCCUGAAAGUAAUAAAAGAAGCUGCCGCUCUGAAGAAACACAACCUCUUUGAAGAUAACUUGAAUUUGCCUUGCGAAAGCGUGUCCAGUUUAACUGACUUGAAGACUCCUUCAGGAUCAGCUCAAACCACUCCUGCUAAGAAGCCUUCCAGCACCGGAGCAGAAAUAUCAGAUACGGAAACUCAAAGUGAGGAAACACUCAUUGUGACUGAAAAAAUUUCUUGCGAGAAGGAUCGUGGUGAUGGAAAGUCGUUAGAGAAAGAGGCAGUAGUUCCUGUCGAUGUGGCUGAUAAUCAGGCAAGCACAAGUGAAAAAGUGAUCAUCGCAGACAUCAGUGAAAAACAGGAUUCUCCUCCACAUACUCCUACGAAACAAGAAGCUGCAGAGGAAAAAUUAACUUCCCAGAAUGAAGAUACAGAGAAAACUGAGUUUUUGGAGCCCCCUGAGAAAGAACUUAAAAUGCAACAAGGAGCCAUCGAGGAAAAAGCAACUUCUGAGACUGAAACUAUGGUGAAAACAGAUUUUGGAGCGAGCACUGAAACAGAAUAUAAGGUACAUGAAGGAGUAAUGGACAAAACGGUAACUUCUGGGAGUAAAAAGGCAACAGAAGCCGAGCUUGUAGCCGACAUAGAAAAAGAAAGCCAAGUUCUGGAAAAAGUUGCGGAGGUAAAGUUAACUUCCCCACAUGAUAAUGUAGUAGAAGCAGAAAUUUUAGGGACUACUGAAAAGGAAACCCAGGUAGAAGAAGGGAUUAUGGAAGAGUUGCCUCAGAGUGAAAAUGCAGUAGGGUUUGGAGAGGAUAGCAAAAAAGAAAGCAAGGCCCAAGGAGAGAGCGCUGAGGAAAGGGUUACUUCACAGAAUGAAAACACAGUGAAAGGAGGAUUUGGAGAUAAUGUUGAAAAAGAAAGCAAAUCAGAAGAAAAGAGUGAUAAACCUCCUGAUGAUGUGAAUGAGAUAAGGAGUUUGCUGAUGGCAACAGUUGAAUUACCAACAGGUACUCCAAGUGAUGACACUGAAGAGAUUUGUGAGUGUGAGACUUUAAACUUGCAGGAGCAUGAUAAUGGGAAUAACGAGAUGAGAAAAAUUAUUACAGCAGAAAGUCAAGUAAACCAGAUGAUGAACAGAGAUGUAGAGUGCACAGAGCUCAAGGGGGACCAGUUAUCUCCAUCCAGUUCAGGGGCAGACGGUACGAAUUUAGCGAAAGUGCUGGAGAGGGCCUGCAAUGUGGCACAAGCAGAAUGGUUGGUGGAAAUCUCUGAUACGCCUCAAGAGGUAAAGAAAGAAAUGGAGAUCAACCAAAGCGUUUGGUACACAGGCGUGGGAAGCUGUGAGAGCGGCGGACUGCAACCAGAGGAACACACUGAGAACAUGUCUGAAGACAAAAGAUUAGUUGUGGAGGAAAGGGGAGCAGGGAAUAGUCACAGUGCCCCAGUGGAAGAAGGGACUGAGAGCUUUUUUUCUAAUACUGCUGCAAAUCCAGACAUAACACAAGUGCCCAUUUUGAAAACACAAGACCCAAGAACAGAACCGACAGAUGUGCCAGUUGCUUCCGUGCUGGAGCAGGGCAAAGUUAGCGCCAUCCAGGUCACAGGAGAUGCUGAAUCUGGUGAGGGUGAAGGGAAGCCAACAGAUGAAUCAUCUUCACAUGCUGAAAUUAAAGGCGCAGAAGAGAUUUUCACAGAAAAAAACAGGGAAGAUGAUAAUUCUGUACAGCAAAAUUCUGAAGAAUAACAAGCAUUUUUUAGUCCAUCCCUCUAGGAUUUAUCCACUUCAGUAACACUUCAUUAAUCAUGAAUACUAGUUUAAGUCAGGGCUGGAGGAGAUGAUAGACUCUAAUGUGGUGUUUCCAACUCUUGCAGUUUGUGACAAAUCCCUUCCUAAGUGACAGAUGAUUAGUUUCCUUUCACUUAAAGCCCUUGCUCUUUAAAAUCAGUUUACUAUUUGGGAACCUCAUCUGUCACUUAAAAUUUGCUGCCUUUUAUGGUUAUAGAAAAAAGUUUGAAAGUGUGACCACUGAAUGCUUCAAAAGCAACUUGCCCCCUAGCUAUAAACUUUUUUCUUUUUUUAUAACAACUUCACUGUUUUUAGUUUCUUUAGGAGGGACUAGCUCAUGAUUUUUAAAUGCAUGGAUUUGACAGCAGCAUUAUGAUUCUUGGGUGGUUGAUACAUAAGUUGUUAUUCAAGGAUGCUUUUAGUAUUUGCAUGCAGUAUACAGGAAACAAAUAACAUUUUUAGUAGUUAGACAGGAACCGAAUAGUUAAUUUGGUAGAAUGCUCAUAAGCCACAUUGUAUACAAACUCUGGAAACUGCUUAAUGAUUUUAAAGUAUUGACAGAUAUGAAAGACAA